AUGUUUUCCAUCAACCUCAUCUUGAACAUUCUGGCAGCCCAGGCCGCCGUGGUCCUGGCCGCCCCCGUGGACGAGGCCGCGGGUUCACCUGUCUUGGUCCCCCGAGCCGAUGUGUCAGUCUACAUGUGCGCCGACAGCCGCUUCCGAGGCGAGUGCAUAACCGACAACAUCCAGACUGGAUCUUGCUUCAAUGUCCGCCCGGAGAUGAUCGAUCGCAUCAGCUCGAUUCGCAACAAUGAUCGCGGCUCAACCCAGUGCACCUGGUAUCGUGAGCGCGAGUGCCGCGGAGAGGGAUACCGCAACCAAGAUGACAGCAACCUGGGAGACGGUAAUGGUCGCUUCAACGAUGCCAUUCGAAGCAUGGAGUGCCGCAGGAAGUAG